AUGACGGAAGAGAUACUGGACUUUGAGGAAGCGGUCGACUUCAACUUAUCCGAUAACCCAGACGCCCUUAACAAUGAGUUAUUAGAUGAGAGCAUGUUCGACCUUGAUGGAACCAUGGAUUUUGGCAUCGACGAACAGCUUGAUAAAGACGUCGACACUGAUGCUCAAGAUAAGGCUAAGGAAAACGAAGGGAAUAACGAGUUAAACAACGUCGAAACGACGCCACCACCAGAAGAAGAUCCAGAAGAACUUAAGCUAGGAUUAGACGAAGUAUUUGAUAUGGAUGACCCUGACUUUCUUAAAGAUUUUAGCGAUGUUAACGGUGGUUUAGAUAAUGAUGGGAAUUUAGAGGAUGAUGAAUUCUGGAAAGAAUUCGGGUUGGAUAAACAAGAUAGCUUAGAUAAGGAGAUAGAGAAUGAUUCUCGAACCGGAAAAUUGACACCAGAAAAACUUGAAACAGAUAAUGCCACCGUUACUUCAAAAUCUUCCCAAAAAGAGAACACUUUAUCUGCUAAAAAACUCGCGUCAUCCGAGUCGGAUGCUGCAAAAGGUGUAAAAGGGGAUUCCAAGAAGUCGAAUUCUCCGAGCACUGGUAAAUCUGCUCCGAUGCAAAGAUCUACACAGCAGCGUUCUUCCCACCAACGUCAACUGCAACCGCCAUCAAACCAUCACUCUCAACAGAAUAAUCAGAACUUCAGAGGACGAGGUAUGAGAAGGAACGACUGGCGCCCCGGCAAUGAAUUUUUCAACGGCAACAUGUCAUCUUUUCGGUCUGGUUUCGGUCCAGGGAUAGAAGGAAUGCCAGGUAUGCCAAUACCCAUGGGAAAUCCGAUGAUCCCGAAUAUGAAUAUUCCCGGUCCGAUGAUUGGGCCCAAUAUUCAUGUUAAUCCGAACUUUGCGAGGUUGAGGCCGCACGCAUUACCAUUUGCAAAUCAGAUGGGUCAAUUUCCUCCGAUGGGUUCCGGAGGACCUCCAAUGAAUAUGAUGCCUUUUCAAGGUCAAAUGGAUAUUUCUCCGUUUCAUCCAUCAAUGUCUCCCAUGGGAGGACGCGGGAACAAUAACUCUUUUGCUGCCAGGGGUGGUAAUUCGGCCUUUAAUCACCACAGUGCGUUGCCAUCACGAAGGCCGGUAGGUCAACAACAAAAUAACCAAAAUCCAAGGAUGACUUCAAGUUCUCUCCCAAAACGUAAAACGCCUGUUGAUGGAUUCGAGCAAAAGGAACCGGCGAACAAGAAGAAUGCCGCAAAUGGAAAAUCAGUUGCUUCUGAAACCAAACCUGCUGCUUCAACGACCAACACGCAGAAAGUCGUCGACCGGACAAAACCUGUUCCCGUGAAUACUGGAAAAGAUUCUUCAAGCACUCAUUCUGAAAGAAAUUUCAAGUCGGGACUCCCGACACCUGCUAAUACUAACGCUACUACCACCACAAAACCUAAACUGAAUACAACCCCUGCUGCUCUUGCAUCCACUUCGUCAACUUCGAGUUCUAAAUCAACUAAUAAGCCAAUCUCCAGGCAAAUUCAAAAAACAGCAAGCACCAAGGCUGUACCUAAACCUGUUGUAAAAACCUCUUCUGCUGUUAACUCUUCAACUCAAGCUACAUCACAAACAAAAUCUACGGUGAAUGCCAACAAUGGUAAAACGGCAGCUGGUUCAAACAGGUUGACAAUUGCCAAUGUUGAUGAAAGUGUGACGAAACGUGAUCUCCAGACCUUGGCUAACUCAAUUCCUGGCGGGUUCUCGUCGAUUACUUUAGAUCGCACAGGUCACUCUGCUGAAAUUGCUUUCAAGACGGUUGAAGGUGCUAAGUUAUUUAGGAGAAUUCACAAUAGAAGCCAACUCGGUGGAUCAAAUAUCGUGACCCACCCAUCCAGACAAGAAUGA